AUGGCCAAUGUUUUGGUGUUCUAUCGGUCCCUUCACUUCCAGAUCAACCAGUUCCGCGAUGCGUUAAAUGCCGACUCGCGCGCGAUCCGCAUCAACUCGUACAUCUCGGAGAUCUGCGAGCUCAACCCGUCGAAUCCAAUCAUCACCCCCCGGCUGUUACUUCUCAAGAACGCGCAGAUCAACGGAAUGUGUGUCGGUGCAGCGCCGGGUCCGCAAGACGUCCUCAGGAUUGCAUAUGCAAACGUCGUACCCCCAGGUCCGGGUGGCAUGAGGGGAAUGCAGCUCAUGUUGCAGCCGUCAGGCGUGACGCCGCGCCCAGCCGCUCUGCGCACCGAGUUGCGUGGCCCGGGCAGCGAGAUGGCGCUGCCGCCGCCUUCGCACACGAUGGCGAACGCCCGCAUAGGAUCGGCUCCAGUCCGCGCGCCCAUGGAGCUCGACCGUGGUGGUGGACUUCUCGACGAUGGUGGUCGUUCGCUCCUCAAUAAGAACAGCGUGCCGCUGCAGCAGAUUCGAAGCGCCAACGGCCACGCUGAUCCCUUCCAAACUCGACCGGCAUGUGCGCGUCCGUCGCGCUCGUCGUGUCCGAUGGCCAUGGCUUCUGCACCCAUCGUCGCCGUCCGCGGCCGCGAGCCAUCGCUGCCCAUGGGCGAACGGCGGUGA